CUUUACCAUAGUACAUAAUAAAUACACGUUGACUUUUUACUAGGUAAAGUUAAAAAAGAAAUAUGAUAACCAGAAGAGUCUGCUAUUGUGUUCUGUUUGUAGUAGCAGAAACAUGAAGGGAGGCCAUAGCCAACCAGAAGAGUCUCCGGCUCUGCUGAGAAAGACCAGAAGAGGAGGAAAGAAACAUCACCACCACCACUACCCUUCUAUCCAAAUUGAGGAGACACCAACUCACAACAAUCUGGAUCACGAUCUUCAAUCACCUUCCACUUCUCAGCUUCAGAAUCCUGAACCCACCACCGCCUCCGCACCCAGACACCACAGAAGUCCCAGGAAUCGAGCCAAACCUCGCUAUGUCAAGAAAUCUGAGGUGGGUUCUUCUGAAGUGGGUGGUUCUUCCAAGGUGGAGUCUUUGAAUGAGCAAGUGGAGUCUUUGAGUAUUGGUGAGACAGAAACUGGGGAGCAAUCCAAGAAAGAAGAAGAAGAAGAAGAGAGACUUGUUGUGGGUAGUGAAGAGAAUGCUGAGGAUGAUGCUUUGAGAAGAUUGGAAGAGUUACAGGUUGGUGUCCAAGAGCCUGAGUUGUCAGAAGAACAGCUGAGGAUCAAUGAUCAGGCUCAGGAGGAUGAGUUGCUUGCUAUGGAGUCCAUUUUUGGAGACAAUGUUUUCAUCCUUCAAAGACAACGAGGCCUUCGAUCUUUCCAGAUUCAUAUACACAUUGAAGCUCCUGAUGAAAUUGCUGUUUCUACCAAGUUGAAUUCAUCUACUGACCCUAACAACACAAGUAGUUCUGGUGACUUCUCAUACUCUUUCACAGUCCAGCAUCUUCCACCAAUUAUGUUGACAUGUUCGUUACCCAAAUCAUACCCAAGCCACCAACCACCUUAUUUUACACUAUCUGUUCAAUGGUUGGAUGAUAUUAAAAUUUCCAGUUUGUGUUCCAUGUUGGACUCAUUAUGGAUGGACCAACAAGGACAGGAGGUUAUAUACCAAUGGGUGGAAUGGCUACAAAGUUCUUCCCUCUCUCAUCUUGGGUUUAAUAAGGAAAUAGUGCUUGGUCCUUAUGGCAUUAAAGAUGUUGGAGAUAGACGUGCACUUACAGGAAGUGUAUCACCAGAUGCAGAUAUUCCUUUUCUCCGGAGUUACAAUAAUGAAAAACUCCAUGAGAACUUCCUCAAUGGUUUGCAGGAAUGCUGCAUCUGUUUUAGUGUGUAUGCAGGUGCUGAGUUUAUCAGGCUGCCUUGCAAGCAUUUCUUCUGUUGGAAAUGCAUGAAGACCUUUUCAGACAUGCAUGUCAGGGAAGGUACCGUUACCAAAUUGCAUUGUUCUGAUGCAAAAUGUAAGGGCAUGAUCCCGCCAUGUUUGCUGAAACAAUUGCUUGGCAAUGAAGAGUUCGAACGUUGGGAAUCCUCAAUGUUAGUAAAAACACUCGAGUCAAUGUCUGAUAUUGUGAACUGCCCAAGAUGUAAAACACCCUGCAUAGAAGAUGAAGACGAUCAUGCCCAAUGCUCAUACUGCUUCUUUAGCUUUUGUACACUUUGCUGGGAGCGGCGCCAUGUGGGUGUUCAAUGUAUGACACCAGAAAUGAAGCUCCAUAUCCUCCAGGAACGUCAAAAGUACUGUCAGUUAGACGAUAAGCAAAAGCGGAGAGAAAAAGAAUUGAUCAAUGAGAUCCUCAGUGUGAGAGAAAUACUUCGUGAUUCAAAGCAAUGCCCGGCUUGCAACAUGGCUAUAUCCCGAGUUGAUGGUUGCAACAAGAUGGUUUGUGAAAAUUGUGGGCAGUACUUCUGCUACAACUGUGGAAGCGGAAUAACAGGAUAUGAUCAUUUCAGGGAUGAUAAAUGUGAACUGUUCCCCCAAGAGGCAAUUCUCAACUGGGAGGCAAGGAUGAAUCCUCGCGAGAAUUUGGGUCAGAUUCAAGCCCAACGGGUUGCCGAACUGGUUGCCGAACAGGUUGACGUACACGGACAGUUAUGUCCUAGUUGUGGUCAGUUUAAUGCAAAGUUUAACAAUAACAAUCAUAUAUCCUGCUGGGCAUGCCAACACCACUUUUGCUACUUAUGCAAAGAGACCGUAAGACGAAGCUCUCAACAUUAUGGACCGACGGGCUGCAAACAACACACACAGGAAUAGUAAAACACAUCUGCCAUACUACUGGAAGCUACAACUUAAAUAUCUCGAUCAUCUAAUUCCUUUGAUGAAUAUGGAUCAAAUCUCACUGUUUAUUAAUAAGUUUAUACAACAGAGAGUAGCUGGAUUCGGAUCACAUGUUUUUGAGA